AUGCCUUUCAACAUGGAGGCUAUUCAUGUAUUUGCCAAGGACUUCAAGAGGAAGGUAGAGGAGAGCAAAUGGUAUUCUUUUCCAACACCUCCACCUGCUCACUUCCUGCAGUUGGAAUACAUUGAGCUGUCCCUCUACUUUCACCUGCAUUAUGUCAAGGAUGUGUACACCAACUUGAAAAAGUCAGAGGAGAUGUGUCACACCAGGCUGAGGAGCGCCGCUCGUAGUACAUGCAAAACAAGGUUAAUAGGCUCUCAAGGCAUCAGCUUGGAUGAGUCGGACACAGACUCAAAUGGGCGCAAAGUUUAUCUGAUAAUCCCUCCUGCUUGGCACAGCGAAGAACUGGCCGAUCUUAUGUGCACCAUAGAUUCCAUGAUGGUUUCUAAUUGCCAGCCAAGAGUUGAACACAUAUCUGUUCACAGUCAAGAACCCAGGCACCAAGUACCCAGUAACCUCGUCAAUGAGGAUGCAGUGGCACCCCCAGGACUGCCACUCAACUGCUACAAGGGAAGUUGGCUGAUGUCCUUACUGCCUAAUGAGAGAAAGAAACUGAAUGCCUGGGUGGAUAAGUGGUAUAAUUUCGAGAGUGGAAAAACAGAGGUCAUUGUCCCACCACAUGCUGGUGCUACCCUGCUGGUGAUGCAGACAGACAAUGAGAACUGUGAUGACACUUCCAUCGAACCAGGAAGAUAA